GGGCGCGGCUUCCGGGCGCCCACUUCGAAACGGCAGAGCGCCGCCGGCCGCGCCAUGACCCAGUCGGUGGUGGUGCAGGUGGGGCAGUGCGGGAACCAGGUGGGCUGCCGGUUCUGGGACCUGGCGCUGCGGGAACACGCCGCCGUCAACAAGAAAGGAAUUUAUGAUGAAGCAUUAAGCAGUUUCUUUAGGAACGUAGAUACAAGAAGUGGUGGUGAUGGUCCAGGUAUUUACAAAGGAAAAAUCUGCUCUUUAAAAGCACGAGUAAGGCAAUCUAUAAAGGCACUGUUGAUUGACAUGGAGGAGGGAGUGGUAAAUGAAAUUCUGCAGGGACCAUUGAGGGAUGUGUUUGAUAGCAAGCAGCUUAUCACAGAUGUUUCUGGUUCAGGAAACAACUGGGCUGUAGGUCAUAAGCUGUAUGGCUAUCAGUACCGGGAAAACAUUGUGGAAAAGCUGAGGAAAACCGCAGAACACUGUGACUGUCUGCAGUGUUUCUUUAUAAUUCAUUCCAUGGGAGGCGGGACAGGAUCUGGUCUUGGAACUUUUGUACUAAAGUUGCUUGAGGACGAAUUCCCAGAAGUAUAUAGAUUUGUUACUUCAGUUUAUCCCUCUGGUGAAGAUGAUGUUAUUACUUCUCCAUAUAACAGUGUUCUGGCUAUGAAGGAGCUUAAUGAACAUGCAGACUGUGUGUUACCAGUAGAGAAUGAAUCUCUGUUUGAUAUAGUUAAUAAAAUUAAUCAGAUGAUCAAUUCUGGGAAGCUGGGGUCAACCGUGAAGCAAAACAGCUUGGUAACAUCAAGUGCAGGCAGUGUAAAAACUCUCCAGGAGAAGCCAUUUGAUGCAAUGAAUAAUAUCGUAGCCAACUUGCUGCUGAACCUGACAAGCUCUGCUAGAUUUGAAGGUUCCCUAAACAUGGAUCUUAAUGAAAUCAGUAUGAAUUUGGUUCCAUUUCCUCGACUUCAUUAUUUGGUUUCAAGCUUGACUCCUCUGUAUACGUUGGCAGAUGUUAAUGUACCUUCUAGAAGGUUGGAUCAGAUGUUUUCAGACGCAUUUAGUAGAGAUCAUCAACUAAUUCAAGCAGAUCCAAAGCAUAGCCUCUACCUUGCCUGUGCACUUCUUGUUCGAGGAAAUGUGCAGGUUUCAGACCUUCGCCGAAAUAUUGAAAGGUUAAAACCUUCUCUGCACUUUGUCUCCUGGAAUCAAGAGGGCUGGAAAACUGGUUUGUGUUCAGUACCUCCGGUGGGCCAUUCCCAUUCUCUUCUGGCUUUAGCAAACAACACCUGUGUAAAACCAACUUUCAUUGAACUCAAAGAGAGAUUUAUGAAGCUCUACAAGAAAAAGGCUCACCUUCACCAUUAUCUGCAAAUAGACGGGAUGGAGCAAAGCUGUUUUUCUGAAGCUGUGUCUUCUUUGUCUGACCUAAUAGAAGAGUACAAUGAACUGGAUGCUACAAAAGGUGGGCCUAGAACAGAUCCAUCAAGACUGAAGAUAGCUGUCUAAAGAAGGAAGAACUGCUUUUUAUUUUUUUUUUGUUUAAAAAGAACGAAACACUUCCCUAAGCAUCCAGCCACGUCAGUUAACCAGAAUGACUUGCAGCAUGCCCGGCUGUGGUAAUUCCAAAGUGGGACUGGGACAACGGCUUCCUCAGCUCAAGAGUUGUCAUAUUAAGUGAUAAGCCCUGCCUGUAAGAAAGAUUUGACAGCACUUAAUUAUAGCUGAUAUCAGUAAGAGCAGUAAUCCUAGCUAUGGAGUAAAUUGACACACCAUAUGCUGUGAAGACAAGGAAGAGAGAUUUUAGCAGCCAAAAAUGUAAUUCUUUUCUCAGACUUUACAGUAAACUAAAGGUAGGCUUUGUUUCAAAGAAAGAUCACCAUUGCUAGAUUUGGUUUUUAAUAAGCAGCUACGAAGAGAAGAAAAGCUUAUGUAAUCUUUUCAAAGAUGAAAGCAAGUCUCUAAUGAAACUGCUUUCUUUAGCUUUACAGUGGACAUUUCAAAAUGCUCUAAGCUAUGUUCCUCAUUUUAAUAUUUUUGCUUUUCUGUUGUACUCAGCUAUAUUAGAGCAUUCUGAGUUGAUACCAAAAUUGGCAAUAUCAGAAAAUUCCACAAGAUAAAUUUUAAGUAUUAUACUUGGAGUAUUAAUUAACAUAUUAUUUUAAUGAUUCAUAUUCAUGAAUGCUGAGUUGCACUUGAUAAUGAGAUAAUACAGUAUACCUCUGAGCAAAACAUGCACUUAUAAUGACGUUAUAUAUAUAUAUAAAGAAUUAUAACAACUGUUUCGAGAACAGAGUUUAUAGGCUUGAAAGAAUGCAAGUAAAAUAGAUGUUUUAAUAUUUAUAAUUAUCAGAGUAAGCAGCUUUUUAUAUUACAAUAAGAACUUUUACAAAAUAGAAUAUACAGCUAUUUCCAGUUGCUUACCAGCAUUGGCUGUCUUAAAACAGCAAGACUAGUGAACUGUUACAGAUCAGAAUGGAUCAAUACAAUGAUUCCUUGAAGCUUGAAGUCCUUCUAGCAGAGUUGGAGUGGGUGUAUAAGUAAGCACAAUUUUCAAUGUAUAUGUCCGGAAGCAUUCAAUAAAGCAUUGUGCUAGCAUUUGUUGAGAACAAUUUUUAAGAAAAUGUUCUAAAAAUAGUAGUUACCUUGAAAUGUUGCAUCUAUUAUCUGCAGUUGCCUGCCCACUUUUUUAUUCCUUUACAUGUACAUUGUUUACAUUCACAACACUAGAGAAACACUACCUGCUGCAAAAAGCAGUUGGAGUUUAAAAUUGAAUUCUUCAUUUUCAAACAGCAUUGAUGCGUUUUACUGUUGUAGAUACAUAGUAGAAAAGGUUAAUUUAAGAAUCAGGAAUGACAGAUGAAGUAUUACAGGGAAAUAUUUUUUCUAAUAGGUUAGAGCAUGUGGAGUUUUUUUUUUGUGGGCAACACCUUGUUACAGUGAGACGUGAAGCUGUUUUGCUGUGCCUUUCUUAAUUACCAAAAAUUCUUGUUUGGGCAGAACUAGUGUUACAUGCAUCCUUCUCAAGAACAUAUUUCCCCAUAUAAAAACAGUUACAUUAAA